AUGAGCGACAAUGCGAGGAACCGACAGCGGCGAUUAUCGUUCGACAACAUGGAAAAAGUAAGUCGUACACCAACGCGGCUGUCUCGUGGCCGCGGUUUGGACCGCCGCCGCCGUUUAACGGCGAAUUCAAUAUUUCGAAACUCUUAUUAUGGGAUUUUCGACGUUUCACCCCGUUAUCAGGCCGCCGUGCCUGUAUAAUGUUCCUUUCCGGUUCGCUUUGCGCCAUUUUAUCCGCCAUUUGUGCCGCGAAUCGCAUAUUUUUUAUGCGGGCUGCAUUGUACGUCCUAUUUAUAUUUGACGUUUUUCGUUUGUGAAUGUGUUACACGAGCAGCUGUAUACACACGAGUUAAUGACGUUCGAUUUGUCGAUUGUACGAUAAGAUAAUAAGGCUAACCGCGGCCGCGGCAAUAUCGGUAGUGAAUUUUGCGUUUUACACCGUAUUUUUCCGAUGUUUUAAAUGUAUUUUUUAGGGUCUCAUAGUGCAUUGAAUAUUCACAUCCCUUAUUGUGAUAACUCCUCUUGCUCACAGGGUAUACUGUUGAUGUUUAUGUUGGUUUGCCAUUCCCACCAGAGACCGUCGUCGUCGUCGUCAUCGCCGCCGCCGCCGUCAUCAAACGUCGAAGUAAUGACCGCGUCUUCCUCGGCGUCCACAGCCGGCACAGAGUCGACCGACGGACGGACGCCGGCUACCGAGGGACCCAAGAAGCUCGACUCGCAGGACAAAAUCGCCGGGCACGUCACCGAAACCGCCGCCGAAAUCACCGCCGCCACCGCGGCCACCGUUACCGCCGUCACGGCCACUGCCGUUUCGGUUCGGAGCUUUUUAAACGUCUCGUCGCCGUUCAGCCCGAGUCAGGUUUUCGAGGACUUCAAACCCAGCACUCAUUACCGACCCCACGACGGCGAUCCCGUGCGCGAGAAACUCGAUCCAGGGCAGGUCACUAGCGAGCCGUUUUACGAACCGCGGCACCUCAAAAGACCGGACGCCGCCGCGUACGAUCGGCCGACGCCGAAGCCUAACGAGAAGAAAGUAAUGGCGUUCCCGACCGUGGCGGCCACCACCCGAGAACGCUAUUAUUCCGCAGGAGGACACGUCCAGUACGACGGAAACAACAACGUAAGGUCGAACGGACCCGCAGCCGAGCCCAGGAGCCCGUACGCGUUUAACGUAGUCUUGCCGCAGUACAAGCCGAUAAAACACGAUGCCGGCGAAGGCCAACUCCUGCCACCAAACUUUGUUCACCGCGACAACGAUUUGUACGACAAACACUUUGGCAAACAAUAUCACGGAAACAACGACAUGAUUUCCAAUAGUUAUUAUCCAGACGCGGUACAAGACGGACCGCCAAAGUCCUCGUAUCACAACACCGCCAUCACCACUCAUAAAAAGUAAGCGUGUAUAUAAGCGUGCCGGGGUGCCGUGUACAGGGGGAUUCUGGGACUGCUGCCCCUCAUGAGCUCGAUAAGACAGAGCUCAGCCCCCCGCGGUUUUCAUAUUAAAAAAAAAAAAUCAAUAUUUGUCUUGUACCUACAUCCUCAAAACACUAAUUGUAUUUAUAACAAAUUGAUCGAGAGAGAUAAACGCUUCUUUUUUUUCUAUAUUGAUAGCAGAGAAAAAGUGUAGAUUGUCUUGUGAUUUUUCAUAAUAUGCUAACACUAUUAAAAUGUUAUAACAUACAAAAAAAAAAAAAAAAUAGCUAUAUUUUGGUAUUUGUUAAACGAAUAGUUUAAGGAAAAUAAAAAUAUGAGAUAUAUGGUAAGAUUUAGGUAAAACUGUACAUGUGUUUAUAAAAUAGUGAGCCCUCUGACAUUUUCAAAUCCACGUACGGGCGAAAAGUUAAAAAAAAAAAAAAAUCAAAAUAUAACUCCUCGUUAUCCAUCAACGACGCAGCCGUCGGUAUAAUAAUAAUAAUAUUUGCGGUUUUUGUGCAGAAAAGACCCGUGGAGAAGCUUGCUGUCCGUUCUAGCCACUAUUCUGCCGGUCGGACUGUUGCUCGCGUCUUUUCCGCCCACAAUCAUCAAAGUGAAUUCCACGCAAUAUCCUUAUCAGUGAGUACCCGUAUGCAAGUUUUAUCACAUUGUCAUUAGUUGUACACCUAUGUGUCUACACGAUAGUGUCACCGCAGUGGCGUAUUCAUAUAUUAUGCAAUAGGUAAUAUGUUUGAUGAGUGUGAUGCAGGAGAAAUCCACCCCGGAGCCCUUUCACUAUUUUCUUAUAUUUUACAUUAUUCAUGCGUCGUAAUUAUCGCAGCUGUUUCGCGGUUAAAUAUACAUUUUUACCGUUUCGAUAAAGCGUUAUUUAUUUGGCAAUCUUGAAAAGAUUGAGUUGUUAUUUCGUGCAGCAAUAUAAAAACUAAUGUAUUCGUUCGUGAUCUGUACACUGAAAAACUACCGAAAAAAAUGGCGUCGAAUUUCGCACACAUAUUCCUCGAGACUCGGGGAGCUUCAUUUCUCAAUCCAUAAAUGUUUCGCUACGGGAUUCCUCGCACAUGAAUUCGUAUUUUUUUUCAGUUUAUGUAUUGAGUCGCCAUUUGGUUACGGAUAAUAAAAUAGUGAUGAUAAGAUAUAAUACAACUCGUUCUAUAUUAAAUAUGUGAAAUUUAGUGCUUUUGGCAAAUCACAGAAACCAGUGGACCGUUUAAUACGGUGUACGGGCAAAACUGAACGAGACAGCGAUUCGCGGGCAAGUAAAUACAUUUACGAGUGACAAUUGAUAAUUGCAGUAAUUGGAACAGGGAAGAAACCGGGGAAUCACGGGAAAACACGUUUUUAUUUUAUUUUUGAAAUUAUUUUUCGUUCAGGUUUAACCACUUUUUUUUUUGAUAACAUCGGCGAUAAAAAGUCUCAGGACUGCUUUAAGUAUACGGACAAUUCACUAUAAUAAUAUUUUCAUCGUGUUCGACCGAACUAUCCAGAAAACCUUAACCUCUCAAUCGUAUUUCUACAACAAUAUCGAUGUGUUUAUGGUUCCGAAAAUUUGUAUAAUCUUUAAUAACAUCUAUAUUUCUAUAAUUUUUUUUUUUAUAGUGAUCAAAAUUUCCGAAAAACCGGGGAAAAACAGAUUUUCCGGAACAAUUAGGAAAUUCUGAUGCUAUUGAAUUUUUUUUUCAUUUCCUUUAAUAGUUCUACUCUUAAUACUUUUUUAAAUUCUCCUAUAUUUCUGAAUUUCCCCCGAAAUUUCCUGGCAUUUCUAUGCCUGAAUUAUCCAUCUCUCGCGUCCGUUAUGAUCGAUUGCAGGUCUCGUUGGAGGUCAGUUUUUCGCAAUUUUCGUCUUUGAUUUCGCACUGUCGCGGUGUCCUGACCGUACGAAUAAUAUACUAUUUUACUGUAUUGGCCCCGUCGGUGAAAUUUUUAGUUAACAAGCCUAUUAACAAACCCAAAGGUAUAAGAAAAUCAUAUACAUAUAUGUGUACAUUAAUUUUUCGGCGGUUUUUAAAUUUUGUUUUCACAUACUACAGUAAUUCGCUUGGAAACCGAAAUAUCGGAAAACCAACGUAUUCAAGUGUACGAUUACUUACCCUUAAGUUUGUUUCGUAGGCCUUUAAUGAGCCUACAAUGUCAAAACCAACAGCACAAAACGAACGAAAAUAUAACGCGAUCUCACGAAUCGGGCAAUUUCACCGGUAUAGGGUGUAAUAUAUGUAAACCUGUAAAUACAUAUAUACACACACAAUGCAUAAAUCCGUGCACUCGGGCGGCGGCAGCGGCGACGGCGGCGAAUAAAAGCCGGUCCUUUUACGGCGAUACGCCGCGUCCAUAAAUCACGGGCGGGGUCGUUCUUUUGUCCGCCUCGCCGCACAAUAAUCAGCAGACGCGUUUCGCGCGGGCGAAAGCGUCUCGAUCAGCCGCGGCUACGACGACGGCGCGCGAGGACGCGUUCACGUAUACGGCAUACCUCGGACCGAGAGCCAUGCAAAUACGAGACUCGGCGCCAAAUUAUGGGUUAUGUGGACCCGGGGAUUAGAAAAAAAAAAAAAAAAAAAUGGCUUUUUUUUAAAUUGAUACAUCUGUUUCCCUAUAAACAGUAUACAUAACAAAAAAAAUAUAUAAAAUACCUCAUGCGAGGCACUGGAUGUGUUAUAGGCCUCAAACAAAUUUAUGGGAACCUCACUGAACUGAAGUUUUAGGGUUAUCGACAUCCUCGAAGCAGUAUAUCGAGUUCGGGCCGAUAAAUAUAGUUUGCAGUAUACUUUUUGUAAAAAUAUUCCUACAACUCUUUAAUACUAAAACCGACUAUGUUAAGAGAUCUGUAAAUUAUUCGCGUACGACGUGAAUUCCGUCUUCAAGCGCACCAAAGUCCCAUUUGAAAUUCCCAAUUCGCAUACAGAUUCGUGAAGGAUUCGUAUACAAAAGUAUAUUUAAUAAUUAAUAAAAAUAUUCGAAUACUUUUUCAGUGUUUGAGAAAACGUAUACUUAAAAAAUAUACUUUUACUGUUAAAUAAUUCGCUAUAAUAUAUUUAUCGAUCAAAAUCGAAUAUUUAUUUUGAAAUACUUUUGAAAAAAAGGUUUACCAUAACCGUCUGAACCAGUCACAUACCUAGUCAUAUUUUAUAUGUAUAAAUCCGAAUAUUAACGACUCAACCUAUAUAUGGGAUAAUAAACCGUACAGAAACAUAUGCAUUUUUUUCCAGUGAAUUACCUAUUCAAAUACCUAUUCUAAAUACCUUUUAAAAUAAAAAUCGUAUUUGCUAUGUACAAAAUACUAUCAAAAAGUAUCGUUUACGAGUCGACAACCAAGUUUACCGCGAUGCACCACUGCGUUAGAGAGAUCUCGGAUUUACAAAGGUCACACGACCGGGCCGCCGCAAACUAUACAAAUAGUUCGAGAUUAUUACUAUUUCUUUUUUUCCGUAAUAUUCUCACCUCGGAGUAUAAUGUAUAAUGUACGCUAUAGUGAUACGCGAUAUAGGUUAGUUACACGCGACACGGUCCGUUUAAAAACGCGUUUGAUCGGACGGAUUUUCAAAAAAAAAAAUUAAAAAAAUAUAUAUACUAAUAAUGAAAUCGUCUCUAAAAAAUAUACGAAUAAACGUCAUCCCGCGGCAGUACUUAUUGUUGUAUAACGAACAACUUUUGUUUUUUUUUCUUUUUUUUUCCUUUUAUGGAUAGGUGAAAAUGUUAUCGUGAUGUUCGUCUUCCGUUAUUAGAGCGCGUAGAUAGUACACAAUUAAUACUAUAAUUGAUACGCUCCAGAGUAUUUUUUAACGUAGUAUUUUCAUAUUUAUCCGCACUCCGUGUUCCCUUUCUAAAUUCAUAUUUUUUAUUCUGCACACAUCUUAACUCGAGUGGAAGUGAUUUUUUUUUCUUUUUAUCAGAAAACAUAAACAAUACAAAUAGAACUAUAGAUAAUUAAUGUAGUUUUUAUUUGUCCGAAAUCUUAAUGGGGGGUGAAAUAAUUUGUCCUCGGAACACCGGCCGUGAGAAACAAAUCGAAAUAACGAUCAUCUCUUUACGGGCGAUAAACAUAUUUUUGAAGAAGUUUAUAUCACCGAUCAUCGUGUACGUUUUUUUUUUUUAUUUACACAGGUUUCAAAAAAACGCGACUUCAUACAAUCCAGUUAAUGUUAUUAGUGGACGAUAUAAAGCGCUGGGAAAGCAAACAGUCGCGGGAAGAAAAAUUCACGACGAUGUAGACGAUUUGCCCGGUUAUUUAGACGAUUGUUUAAAGAAUAAAAUUUGCGAAAAUAUGAAGACUAACAACUUCGCAACUAACAAUUCACCGAGCGAAUUGGAUUUUCUACUGCAAAGCGACAAAUUAAAGUAAGACGACCAUUUAUUUCGACGGUUUUCUUUUUCGUCUCGUUCGACAAACUCAAUCAUCAUUUUCAAAUGUAAUAUAGUAUUAUACGGCAUUCACUAUUAUGUGCCUAUUCGUUAUACCAUUGAUGAUAAAAUAACAUCUAAAAUUGGAAGUCUAUUUCCCUUCUUCCGGUCUGUCUAAAUUGUUAUAACUCACUAACGGUGAAUCCGCUGUUAUUGUUAUUCGUAAAAAAUAUUCUCUAUUCGAAUCUGUGUUCAAAUAUGGAAGGGUUGCUAUUUGUAUGAUCAAAAGUGUAUACUCAAUAUUCAUUUAAGGUAUACGUUACGAUAAUAGUUUAAAAUAAAAACAUAACAGAAUUCAACUUCACUCAAAGUCCUCCGAGAAAAACGCUGGUUCGUGAUAAACGUAAUCACUCUGUAUAAUAUAUUCUCUUUUUCGGCCUUUACAAGACCAUACCGCUAAAUAAAAUAAACAGCUACCCACAUUAUCCUCGUACUCUAUAGAAUUUCUCUCUUAUAUACCCGGUUACACAGCCUUAGGAUUUCCUUCCUCGAGACCAUAAUGAAGACCUUUUUUUCCGCAUAAGGUCUUCCUCAAUCGCCCGACUGAUGACCCAUUCUUCCACAGUUUUCUUUAGACAGUAUCGGGAACUAUCCUAUUGGAACCGAACCGAUCUGUACGCGUAUGGAAUAGUAUUAGUCUUUACGGUCCGAAACGACAUAACAAUAUAUUAUGCGAUUAAAAUAAUAUAGUGUGGGCAUUGUGAUCGGCCGAUAUUUUCCGCGGUAAUAGCAAAAAACGAACAAUAAUAAAAACAUAAUACACCCGUGAAUAUUUGUGGUUAGUUAAAAUAAAAAAAAAUAAAAAACCGUCAGCCGGAUAAUUAUUAACCGCGGCUGUCCAACACGUAUUGUGUCCUCAUCGCGACAACACGGAAACGCUAAUAACGGGCCACGCCCGGUCAUUUAUUAUUAUUUUUUUUUUUACCGUAACUAACAAAAUAAAAUCGUAUUGCGGUUGUCCGGCUAGAUGCGAAAUCGCGAGUACUCUCCGUGUUUCACGCACACGUUUUAGCGAAUUGUGUCCGAAACGAUUACAUUUUAGCGAAUAGAGACUAGGCGAUUUGCGUAUCCAAUAUGUUUGCCGGCUAGGCGAAUCGCGUCACUAAUAUUUUCAAACAGUAUACUAAGGUGAAUUUUUUUUUUGACUUUUUAUAAAUAACAAGACGUAAUACGUAUCGCGAAUUGCGUCUAUACAGUUGCGACUUCUGAUUCGGCUUAUCGUCGUAACGCGAACUUAUCAGCGUUAACCCAGAAAGAUAUCGCGCGAGAAACGCGUUUUUAUUUUUAACUCUAAACAAUUAUUGUUUCGUUCAUAGAAAUUUCGUAAUUUCGUCAUAAAUAACAUUGUAUUUAUUAUAUUUUCUGGUAUACGUUAUAGUGACGGGCACCAGGUACCGAAUAGUCACUAUCGAACUGUUCGAUAGUUGUUGACUACCGUCCACCGUACUAUUCGACAGUGAAAAAACUAUUUGAUGUCAGACGAAAUGGAUUCGGUUAUUAUAGUGUUAUUCGUGGAUAUACGAGUAUAGUAAACGAAACGAGCAGUCCUAUCAGUGAGUCACGCACCUAGCGCAUUCUUCAUUGGUUUAUCGAACUAUUCGACAGCGUAUGGAACUGUUCGCUAUACUAUUCGGUCAUGUACAAAACAAUACAAUUCGAAGUUUCCGAUAGUCCGAACUAUUCGGUAUAUAGUACCCAUAUCUCUAAUAUAAUAUUAUGAUGACGAAUUACAAAUAAAUACAAACAAAAAUGUAACUGAAAUAAAAAUACGAGAAACACCAUGCCAUAUUUUAACAAAAAUUGAAUCGGCUAAAUUUAACGAAAUAAAAAUCCAAUUAGGCUGAGUCACAACUAAGACGCAAUUCGCCUAUAAAAACAGUAUACGGUAUACAAGCAUUGGGGACGCAAUUCACUCAAUGCUUUCAUACAUAAGUAGGUACACUCUACAUCGAUUAAAUCACACGGAACUAUCGGUAACAUGUAAUUUCGGCCAUUUUGUUAUUAUUAAUUAUUAUGUUUCAGUUGGACUCGUGACGUCGACCAGAUGACGGAAAUCGCCGAAAUCGCAGCGUCCGCGUCACCGGAAUCGUGUCGAGUGCAGUUCGUAUGCAACGAUAGAACAAUAUGAAUAUGAAAUAUAAUUUUACUGCACGUGUAAGACCUGCAGGAUACGUUUUUUAAGAAAACAAAAUAUUCUAUGUAAUCCAACACACAAAAUUGUACAUUUUAUUUCCGGCAAUUUAUGUCGUCCCGGCAUCACCCGGCGUAAAUCAUCAUUAUUUCCGUGACUUCUGAUCCGCAUCCUUUUCGACGCUGAGCGUAGUAAAUAAAGUAUUAGUCAUACUAUGCAGUGUGUUUUUUUUUU